AUGCACUUGGUGUCAGUCAUGCAGAGGGGUGUGUGGGCUGUAUUGCUCUGGCCCAACCUGCUCACCUCAAGUAUCCCACUAGAUUGUAGGGAAGAGCAGGGCGGCCUCUCACGCUGCCCUUCCAUCUCCCAAGAGAAACUUCUAGACCGAGUCAUCCAGCAUGCUGAGCUCAUCUACCGUGUCUCAGAAGAAUCGUGCUCAUUGUAUGAGGAGAUGUUUAUCCCGUUGCCAUUGCAGAUGCAGAGGAACCAAGCUGGCUUUUCAUGCAUUACCAAAACAUUACCCAUCCCCAGCUCCAGAAAUGAAAUCCAACAGAUAUCUGACAAAUGGCUGCUCCACUCCGUGCUGAUGCUGGUCCAGUCGUGGAUCGAGCCUCUGGUCUAUCUGCAGACCUCACUGGAUCGCUACGAUGCCGUUCCUGACAUGCUCCUCAACAAAACCAAGUGGGUGUCUGAGAAACUGAUCAGCCUGGAACAAGGGGUGGUGGUCCUCAUCAGGAAGAUGUUGGAUGAGGGGACCUUGACCAUAGACCACAGUGAUCAAGGCCUGUUCCAGUAUGACGUACAGCCGGAGAUGCUGGAAUCUGUGAUGAGGGACUAUACCAUACUCAGCUGCUUCAAGAAAGACGCCCAUAAGAUGGAGGCUUUCCUCAAGCUCCUCAAAUGUCGACAAACUGACAAAUACAACUGCUCAUAA